GCAGAUGGAGCCGUGGUGCCGGGUCUAGGUGGCCCUCGCAUCUCGGACCAGUGUCGGUGUGACAGCCGCGGAGGGAAGUACACUGCUCCUACGUUCUGGUCCCCGCCGCUCGCUUGGCUCCUCACUCGGGGCCCUGCUGGCUAUGGUGAAGGUGCAGGAGACGGAGCCGCGCCAAGGUGGUGAGGCAGGCCGGUGCUGAGUGGCGGGGCGGGGAGAGAGAGACAGGGGAACGUGAGGUGACGGGAAAAUAAUCUUGAAGUAAAGGUGGACAGUUUUCAACCUUCGUCGCCCCACGAUGAAGCGGCGACUCAUACGGCAUGUGGUGAUUCAGGUGUGCUUCGCGGUGACUCUCAUGAUUGCAGGUUGCUUCGCUAAUCCGGACGCCAAGCGGUUAUAUGAUGACCUGCUCAGUAAUUACAACCGUCUCAUCCGGCCGGUGGGAAACAACUCGGAGAAACUCAUUGUGAAACUUGGCUUGAAACUUUCCCAGCUGAUCGAUGUGAACCUCAAGAAUCAGAUCAUGACAUCGAACGUGUGGGUGGAGCAGGAGUGGAAUGACUACAAGUUGCGCUGGAAUCCUGAAGACUAUGGGGGUGUGGAAAUGCUCUACGUGCCCUCUGAACACAUCUGGCUCCCUGACAUAGUGCUGUAUAAUAACGCUGACGGGAACUACGAGGUGACGCUCAUGACGAAGGCUACCCUAAAGUACACGGGCGAGGUAGUGUGGCGCCCUCCUGCCAUCUAUAAGUCCUCGUGCGAGAUUGAUGUCGAGUGGUUUCCCUUUGAUGAGCAGUCUUGUAAUAUGAAGUUUGGAUCUUGGACCUAUGAUGGAUUUCAGGUGGACCUCAAGCACACCAAGCAGAAGCGGGGAAGUAAUAUCGUCGAAAUGGGAAUCGAUCUAAGAGAGUUUUACGCCUCAGUGGAGUGGGAUAUUCUUGAGGUUCCCGCCAGGAGAAACCAAGAAUACAUACCGGACCUGCCAGAGCCUUACCCAGAUAUAACGUUCAACCUCACCAUGAGACGCAAGACGCUCUUCUACACAGUGAACCUCAUCAUCCCCUGCGUGGGCAUCUCCUUCCUCACCGUGCUGGUCUUCUACUUACCCUCAGACUCCGGGGAGAAGGUUACUCUCUGUAUCUCCAUCCUCCUGUCCCUCACCGUGUUCUUCCUCCUGCUGGCGGAGAUCAUCCCUCCCACCUCCCUUGCCGUGCCUCUGCUGGGCAAGUACCUGCUCUUCACCAUGAUUCUCGUCACACUCUCCAUCUGUGUCACCGUGGGCGUUCUCAAUGUGCAUUUCAGGUCUCCCUCCACCCACAAGAUGUCCCCGUGGGUGAAGCGUGUCUUUAUCCACGUUAUGCCUCGUCUGUUGCUUAUGAGACGCCCCCAGUACGACCCACGAAGCAGACAGUCCCUCUCGGAACAGGAAUAUAUAGAUGGAAUGGCAGAUGGAGACUUGAGCGACCCCUUCGGUGGUGAGCCUUACGUGGAAUACAACGGUGACGGAGGGAGCCUUUCUGGUGACGCGCCAAGCUACAAAUUUAGUGAAGAUUUCUUGUCCUCACACGCAACUGGGAAGUGUGACUCCUACACGCCCCUGCUGCCUCCUCCGCCCUACGUCAGGACCUACCAUUCCUGUCGCCUGCACGGCCCUUUAAGGUGUCGGGGCGAAGAGACACCAGCUACCUGCCCCAUGUGCGCCCUUACUCUCAUUCGCCUGAACUACCUGGGCGGGUGUCACAUUCACAGCCAGAGAACCUACUCCCCAGAAAUCCAGAAGGCGAUUGAGGGAGUGCAGUUCAUCGCUCAACACAUUAAAGACGCGGAUCGAGAUAAUGAGGUGAUACAGGAUUGGAAGUACGUAGCCAUGGUGCUGGAUCGCCUCUUCCUGUGGGUGUUUACCAUUGCCUGCGUGGCGGGGACCUGCGGCAUUAUCUUCCAGGCACCCUCCCUCUACGACACGCGGGUGCCUAUCGACCAGCUGUACUCGGAAAUCAAGACUGCCUUCAAUACCUCCAAGCACAAUCUGUAAAGAGUGUAGCGCCAUCUUGCGGCAAGUUCCGGCAAGGUUUCAAGUCAGACCUCACCCAAAUCGCUCCCCAGUUAAUGCUGUGAGCGGCUGUGUAACGCCUCUUCCUUUCCUCUCCUCUUCCCGCCCCUUACUGACUUCCGCACUCACUUCCCGCUCUUCCUGUGUUGUGCGUUGUUGUGAACGGCUCUCUGUGUUACCUGUCGUGGGCGAGUCUUUUGUGUAGUGAGUUUUCAUGGUCUAGUUUUGCUUUUCAGGUUCUGCUUUUCUUUUAUAUGGUUGCGCUUUGAACUUUUCAAAGAUUUACACAAGUUUGCGGUUCAGUUUUUCUAUUGUAAGUAUUCCGUUUUCUGUUUUCCGUUUUCUUUGGCCUUGAAUCGACUAAAAGUUCUGUGCCCGUGUCUCUUUUUAACUCCCUUUUUUGUUGCGCUUUGACUCUGAAGCGAAUGGACUAAAUUUCUGAUCCGUUUUCUCUUUUCAACUACCGUUUUUUGUUGCAUUCUGCCCUUGAAGUGAAUCGACAAUAUCUGAUCCUUUUUCGUGUUGACUCCACUCUUUAUUGCGCUGUAACCCUGAACUGGAUCAACGCUUACCUUUUGUCCAGUGUUUGUGUCCUCCAGAGUCCACCUCCGCCACUCCUUCACUCCAGUGUUCGCGAGUGAGGGCUUGAUAUAUUCUCGGCAAAGUGAAGCUGUGGCACGUAUUGCUCACCUCCUCACACACAGCUGCCCUUUGUGGUUUCAUUACCUUUAGCGUGCGAUGCUUCACACGCUCGCUUCUGCUCAACUUGAAUGCGGACUUGAGGAAAGGAAAGGUUUCGCGGCAUUUCCUUAACACCCAAAGCUUCCAAAACCGUGCAAAGACAAGCUUCUUGGCACACACUCCCUUGCAUUCAACCAUUUCGUAAUAGCAAAUGAUGUUUAUAUGUUAAAGUCAGUUUUGGUACAUGAUUCUUAACAUGUUUUAGUAAUAUAAGUGAUGUUUAUGAUCGUCGAUGCGUUGGGGGUCAAUCUUUUCAUGCAAGUAACCAAGAAGUUCGUUAUAAGCAAGCAGUAUUCAUGACACGUUGAAGUAAAUGAUUUAGCCUGAAUAUAAGCUCCAUGGAAUCACAAUAAUUUACACACAGUCAUGUAGUGGAAAUAUGGGAAAACUUUAACGAAAUAUACAGCCAAAUCCAUUAACUCAAUAACGCAAAACUGUGUACUGUCAAAACCCAUUAAUUUAGUAACGAAAAACUACCUUUGCCAUAUACAGUCAUUUCACAGCCAAUGAUUUACUGACAAAAAGUGAGAAAUGCUACAAGAGUGAAGUUACAAUGAAUUCUUUUUUAAUCCACCACGUCACUGAUGCAAUAAUGGCCAAAUUUAUGUACAUAGAAUACCAGCUGUUGGAUAUUUGAUAGCAUGACUUUGUAUUUCAACAGGUAUAUUUGCUUUCGUUCAUUAUUUGCUCCUGUGAUUCGGUGAGUUCCUGCUUUAUUUAUUUACAUUCUUUUCCUUUUUUUGUCCUUCGUUUUUAUCUAUUAGUAAUAUUAAGAGUAAGAAUAAAAAAAAGAUAAAUAAACACAUGGAAAUAAACAAAUGUAUAAACAAAUCUAUCACACAUGGUAGCUUUAAUGAAAAGAAAAAAAAAAAAUCUGGUGCUUGAAGCGGAAAUGAAAAUCAAAGAAAGAUAAGAAUUAAGGUGAAACUGAUCCAUUUUUUCCACACUUUUUCUUUUCAUCUUCCUUUUGGUGCAAGACUGAAAAUUUACGAGUGUUCACCCAUUUAUUUGCUUUCCUGCUUGUUUAUAUUCCCCUUGGUGGUUGUAGCAGUCCGUGAACAAGCUAACAAGCCCUAACAAGCCCCAACAAGCGAGAGACAAGGCCAAUGUGCUACUAACUGACAUUGACAAUUACCCAAACAUCCUUUCAUACAUCCUUUUGUCUUUCCUUCCCGUACCACCACCCGCCCCAUGAUGUGUCUCCCGUUUUCUUUCAUCAUUUAGGGUAACUAAGGCAUAUAUUUAGGCUCAAUAGACUCUCCAUUCUGUAGUAGGCAAUGGUGAUACUUGUUUUCCAGUUAUGUACUGAGAGUUUUCCUAGCUUGCCACACUUUGAGUAUUUUAGAUGGUAAGGUACUAAAGGAUUUUUGGUCAGUAGGGUUAUACUAGUGAACCAUAAUAUUAAUCAUAAUAACGCCUAUGUAUCAUACCUCUACGCUUUCAUUAUUAUACAAAGAAGCUGCUGUUUGAAAUAAGAUGUUUAAAGUAUGUGCGUGCCUGUGUAUAUGUGCGUGUGUGAGUGCGUGUGUGUUUGCGAGAGUGUACGAGUGCCCAAUUUUGGUCUUAAGGACAAAAAAAAAAAAUGCUUACUUUAUCUUCCCAAAACUGAAAUCAAUACGCUAAAACGUUAAACGAUUGUUACGUGACGCCGCGGUGUAACUGAGGCGUCACGGAAACCAGUCACUUCGCUGCUUAAGAAACGUGACAUUACGGGAGGAAGACACAGCGAGAGACAAGGCAGAGAUACAGCAGAGGCGAGGCAGAGGUAAUUCCCAUGCAUGACCAGACUAAUGCACUGGUCUUAGUCACCAUACGCAGGUCCCCUCAUUAAGUAGAAGCGCAGGAAGACAGGUAGAGAGGAAAACCCGCUCUGGAAAUGUAAAUAACUCGUUUUUUCAAACACAUGGACAUUGUUUCGUGCGUCCCUUCCUCUCUUUUCCUCGUACCUGGGGAUUGAAACUGCCAGGUGAGGGGAAGGGUCGAGGUACUGUACAGGCUUGCGUCGUGUCACCUAUUACCUUGUGUAGCGCGCCCAGCUCACCUGCCGCUACAAGAGCCUAGAGUUGUACAGGUGAAGAGGAAGCAGGUGUGUGUGGCAGUGUUGCGUUGUGGUUGGGUUGAGUUGUGUUUUUUAGUGUGUUUAGCUUGAAUAAAUUGAAUACAUUGAAUAAAUUGUAUAAGAUUUACAGUCUGUUAUUAGUUUGUUUGAUUUCAGGUGUUUGUUUCGUGUCACUCUGGUUCUUUGUAGUUUUAUUUAGAUGUGUUUUAGUGAUCCAGUGUUUAGUAAUUGACAUUAAGGUUUGACUAUUUAAAAAUUUUUGGUUGUUGGAUUUCUGGAUUUAAUUAACGUUCUUCAACUGUCUCCAUACCUUUAAAGUAUUCUUGUACCCUAACAUUCUUCACUAAUUGAGACAAGAUUCCACUUUUCAUCAUGCUUGGUGUUUAAUGACAUCCUUUUCAACUUUCCUUACAAAUGCGUAUCGUAUAAAGUCUCUUCAAUAUAAUUUCCAUGAGUGUUUAGCGGCUCAGAUUCUGCAGCCAUUUAUUGCAUCACCGCCACUCAUAUCAAUAUUUCGUGACGCCUUGACGCAGCGCACCAAAGUUUUUGUUUGGGCAGGUGACGCGUGAUAGCAGGUAUCGAACACGUCACUCAUAUCGCCGCUCCAUAUUGAUAAGCGGCAGGUGUGUUUGCGCGGCCCAGGUGACGGCAGGUGAGGAGACACUUCUUGCCCAUUAGUUAUAAGUGAACGAGGCAAUAAGGAGAGUAAUAUUAGACAACAUAGUCACUAACAGUCAAUAUGUGCCACCAUUACGGACUCCACUGGCGACAUCGUGGACUAAAUGAUGCGUUUCCUUUCUCCUUUUUCAAUAAGUGGACGAGACAAUAAGAAGACUAAUACUGCAUGAUCACAGAGUCAAGAGUCAAUACCUGUCAACAUUAUAAACUCCAGUAGCGACAUUGCGAACAAAAUAGAUACGUUUACUACACUAUCAAGCUCAGUAGGUCCUAACUGUAGUGAAAGUCAACAUGUAUCACCACUACACACUAGAGUGACAGAAACAUUAAGUAAUUUGGCAUCUUGUUACUUAUAAGGAAAAAAAAUUGAUAAAACUACAAGUCAUGAGGCGAAUACUAGAGUCAAUAUGAGUCACCAGAAAAGACUCAAAUGACAGAAAUAUAAACCAAACGGACAUACUUUUAUUAGAGACUAUAAUAUUAACUGAUCUUAAGAUAAACGAACAAUAUUUUUCCCUCCAUUUUCUUAUAAUGAAUAUCCCGAGUUAUAACAGAGAGCCAUUACAACAAUCAAAUGACUCAUAAAUUAUUCACGUCCAUUUACUGGAGUGGUUUCUCGAGACUAGAACACACAGAUCUAUAUUAACGAUCGCCACAUAAGAGAUCAUACGUAAACCAACUUUCUACGAAUAAUUUCUAUGAGGGAGUCAAGUAGUAGAAAGUGGAUGUCCAGCGAUAAAGAAGUUACUAUUUCUCAAUUUAUCUUGAACCAAACCACCGGGGAAUGUAUUACCAAACGUUCUGCUCAUAACCUGUGGCCUUUGAAAAAAUAACCUUUAUUGGAAUACAGUUCUAAGAGUACGAUUCCAGAAAGUGUUUUUAAGGAUGCUUUCAAGAUUCCAGUGGCUGUUUGACAAGAAUUAGCACACUCAGUACGAAGAACACCCACGAGAACUCAUUUAAUCGUCUGUAACCUUUGAAAAAUAACAACAAUGAAAGAACAAUGGCCAGAUGAGGUUUUUAAAUACAGUUAAUGAUUCUAGACAUUUUGACGAGAAUUCUGAGCCGUCAAAUGGAAAAAAUACGUUUGAAAAUUUGACAAAUGAUCAGUGUCCUUUAGAAAAUAAGAUAUAUUUGAACAGUGAUUCAUAAUAUAAUAUCAGAUGGAGAUUUUAAGGAUAAGUUCAAGAAUUCUAUGCCAUCAACGGGAAAAUACCAAUGAGAACUUGAAUCAUAACCAUUACAAAGUAGACCCAAUGAGAAAACACUUAAGAAAACGAAUCCGGAAUGCUAACACACUUCAGUCUCCUGUAUUUGAUCAAGAACCCAAUUUGAAGAGCGGUUCAGAUUAGUCGCAUAUUUGCCCACUACUUCAGUCUCGUUGUGCUGAAGAGAGGGAGAAUAUUCACGCGUCUUGUGACCCUAAUACACUCGGGCCAAUAUUGCUCAAGCCCCUCACACAACAUACAACGUGCAAUAUAUUCAGAGUUUGUCUACCUACAGAUUUCCUAUACAAUGUCUCCCUUGUCUUGCCUUCCCUUCUGUUAUCUACAUUUCCUUUAUUACCUUUUUUAUUCCACUACUCUCCCGUCUUUUAUCCUGGCUCUCAUUUCCGUACAUAUUACUUAUCUUAAUCUUCCCUUUCAUUUUACUUCUUUUUUCCUAUUUUCUACAGUUUGCAUCCGAGGCUCCUUUCUCAUUCUUUAUCUUUUCAUCCCCCUUCCUCUUUUCUUUCUUAAAAAUCCUUUACUUUCUUCUUUACCCUCACCUUUCCAUUUCUAUCCAAUAAAAUCCUUGUUUCUUCUUUUCUCCAUCUUUUAUAUUCCUCCCCUCUCCCUCUUCCUCCUCUUUAAAAUACAGCCAUUCUUUCCUCUUCCCAUCACCUCUCCCUCGUCCUUCAAAAUCCUCCAAUUCUCAUAUUUUCCUCACCUAUCGUCCUUUGCCCUCCAAAAUUUAUAUUUUUUUCUCCUUUAGAAUCCUUUCCUUUUCUAUUGUUUACCUCAGGUUUUAAAAAAACACAUUUUCCUACUUUUCCUUUUAAGAUCUUUCACUUCUUUUGCCUUGUCUUUUAAAAAUCCCAAAAUUUCCUCAUGUUUUACUUUCAGAAUUUUCUUCUCAUCGUCUUUGUAUUCUAUGGCGUCAGAUAUUGAUUACUUUUCUUAACUUUUCUUCGUAGUUAUUCAAAAACUUUUAAAGCUUAUCUUCUUUGCACUUUAAACUCCUUUCUUUAUCUUUUUUUGUCUCAGUGGCGCCAGAUAUCGAUAACUCUCACUCGGGGAGGUACAGAUACAGGGGGACAAUCUCUCCCGAACAGGUAAACCGUAAGAAAGUCCUCCUAAAGCCGCCAAAAACCCGCUUCCUAAGAUAGAGACUUGUAGAUUAGCAGGAGGUGCUCGGACAGCCCUCCUAAAGUUCCUUCCUCCAUUUUUGUUACACAUUUUCUAUCAUCACAUUUUCUGUGAAGUCGAGACAAGGAACUCCCAAGCGUCUACAGGUCAAAUUCCUCAACAUUUUGACGCCUCAGCAGCCUCUACUUUCGACAGCCUCUUGUGCAAGUUCUUCUGGUUCUCCAAAGGUGUUUUCAAGGUUCUGGUGAUAGUUUAGCGAAGGAAGUGUAUUGUUAUUGAGGGAAAUAUUACUAAGAACCCGAGUAAUUACUGCUGUGGCUUCUGGAAGUAUUGGUGGUGAGGGAACUAAGUGUUGAAAGAAUCCUGGUCUGUGUAAGCUGCUAACUGAGGCCGGGAAGUGUUGCUACAGUGAGAGAUGCGAGUGUUUCUCUACUCGUGUUUUGUGUGGGAGUUUCACGCGUAAUGAAAUAGUACAGCAGAAAAAAAAAGAAGUGAAAAAAGAAAGAGUAUAGAAUUUUAUUAUCAAAACGUAAAACAAUGAUACAGUUUCCAUUUUGAAGUUCCAGGAAACAACGACUUUUCCUCUUUUUCAUUUCCACUUUAUGAAAUGUUCACGCGUGUUGCAUUUAUAGGAAAGAAAAACUUGUGCCAAAGAACUUUUUACGGAACAUCAACACUCGGAGAAAAAACAACUGUAUUUCUCUUUUUACAGUACGAGGAAAACUACUGUCUAAUUUUUUUUUUAUUUUCAUGGAAUUUUCUCGUGAGGUACAAAACUAUAAAAGAAAAAAAAGAUAAAGUACAGUACACCAUGAAAAAAAGACACUCCCAUUUUUAAACACAAGGAAAGGAAUGAGCAGUUAUUUCCUUUAUUACUGAAUGUAAAAGUAUAGCAAAUUAUGAGAGAAAGGAAGAAAAGAGGAAAAUACAGUGCAGAAUAUUCAAAUAAAUGUUUCUAUUUAUAAACACGAGUAAAGAAUGUUGUCUCAAAACCUUAAAAAAUAAAUAAAUAAUAAAUAAAACUACAACUCUCGCUCUACAACAUUUUCCGGCCUCACAACCCUUUCAUUUCCGGACCCAAGACGAUAAUAAAUGGAAAGCAACGUUGUACUGUGAAAUCAAAACCAGUGCCCAUAACUACAACCCUACACCUGUCCUCAGUGUUUCGCUCACCCGUCGUUGUUACCUGUACGAACUCAUCUGGAAACACUCGAAGCUUCCUGACUCCUCAUGAUCAUUAAUUGUGGUUCCUUUGUCAUUAACCUUCAAAUAAUAAAUAAAAAAAGUUGUAUAUAUAAUAAUAACAGAAUAAUACCGUGUUUUAAACCUGAGAUUCUUGUUGCAAAGUUUUCCCUUGUAAUUUGUAUUAUAGUUUUGGGAUGAUUUUAAACUUUUUCACCCCUUAGACUCUCAAAAAAACGUGUCCAUAUAUUCUUCCUUGUAUCUUUUGUUUAAUGAUUUUUUGUCCUCUUCCAAACACGUUAAAAAAUCUCCCAUUUCUUGUUCAUAUAUUCCUUUGCAAUUUAAGUUUUUUUUCUGGGAUUAUUUGCAACUUUUCAUUUCAAACACGUGUCAAAACACAAUUACAUUAACCCUUCUAACUUUUAUCUUAAUUAACUUUUGGGUAUUAAAUUAUGGUAUGAAUUAAAUCUUUUCCUUCCUUUUUAAAUACACACACAAAAAAAAAAAAAUAUUGUAGUACAUACGUUCUCUUGUAACUUACGUAUAUUUCGUGGGAUAUUUUACGUUCUUUUUCAUUACAAAUAUAUGAAAUGUAUCUUUUUUUUUACUUUGUUACUUUAUCUACAACCUAACUUUUAUUUCAUGGCAUAUUUUUGAACCUUCGCUUCCAGGACACAUCCCCAAAUAUCCCUACUAGCAGUUCGUAUUUCAAUUUCAGUAUUUUGUGGUUCAUUUCCUUCUUUUCCCAUCAAACACAAAUAACCCAAGACAAUAUGUACAUUUCCUGACCAGUAUCAUUAAUGGUAAUCUGUUUAUGUUAUGAGUGAUAUAGGACAAACUAUCUCUAUUCUCUCUUCAAACUCAAUCAUUUUAAUAACCUAACUUACAUUUCUCUUUGAUUGUCUUCCCCUCCACCUUCCCUCUACUUUCACUCUUCAACAUUCUUUUUCAAUCUCAAUUUCACUUACACAGCUUACAUUUUCUCUUUAAUAGUUUCCUCCACCUCUUUCCGGGUCUUGCCUAUCUAAUGUCACUGUCCUCUAUCCUUCAUGUUCGCUAAUUUCAGUGUCCUAGCUUACGUGUUUCCCUUUGUUAGUUUUCCUUCACUUCUAGGUCAAUAUUUCAUCACUUUAGCUUGUAUGUUUCCCUUUGCUAUUAUAUUCUUUCUCUUAACGUGUCUGUCUAGUUUCACUGUCUUCAAAUCUUCACUUCAUGCUUAGUUUCAAUGCAUUAACUAGUCUCCUUCAUUCUCCCUUGACGGAUUUCAGUGUCCAUUGAUCUAUUUCUGUCCUUAAUAAUUUCAUUGGCUUAUAUUUUCCCUCUAGCUAGUCUCCUCCUCCUUUCACGGGUUUUGGUGUCUGUCUCUUUACUUUCACUGUCUGAUUUCAAUAUCUUAGCUUAUAUUUUCCCCUCUGCUAGUCUCCCCACCUUCUCUCUUCACGGGUCUUAGUGGCUAUCUCUCCACAGUCAGACGACAAAAAAGUCUAUUCAGUGGUAUUGGUGUAUAUACUAUAUUUGUAUCGAGACCGCAAUAAAUGGCUGUCGAUCUUA